UUAGUCUUAAAGGUGCCACAGGACCCUCUGUUGCUUUUUAGUGAAAUGCAGUUACUGAUGGCCUGAGGGGUGGAAGCAUGCAACAAAUUACAUGGACAAGCAGUUACGUUAUGGCUGGCGUAAUGUGCACAACCAGUGAUUGCUAACUGUGUGCAAAUAGGGAAGACUGUGGUUCGUGCAUCAGUGGUUGAUACUGGAUGGAAUGAGAAGACUGGACAGUACUAUGCUACACUGGCAAGAGAAGCCAAGGCAUUAGCAAAUGAACUGUAUGGUUGCAUUGUGAAGAGCUACAUGACAGAAAACAAGAAAAAGAUGCAAAGUCUGAUGAGUGAUUUGGAAGAAGAUGACGGCACUUGGGUUAUGUAUGGAUGUGCAUCAUAUUGACUCAAUCUACUUGGACAAGAACCUACACCAAGUGCUUUGAUGAAAUGUUGUAGAUUGACAAAAGUAUUUUGGCAAUCGCGCCCAGCCUGGAGCUUGGUUAAAAGAAUGCCAAAUCCCCAGUGACACGAUGGAACAAUCAGAUAACAUGCCUGGAAACGUAUGUUAAAAAUCGGCCAUAUUAUCUCAGGAUGAUUUAGUUGGGGAUUGGUUCUGCUUUGAGCAGGGGGUUGGACUAGAUGACCUCCUGAGGUCCCUUCCAACCCUCAUAUUCUAUGAUUCUAGGAUUUUGAGAAAUCAUGAGGCAGAAUUUGAAGAUAGAGCAAUCAGUAUAAUUAAUACUCAAGGAAUUUACCAAGAAGCAAAGAACUUGAUCGCUCAGUUGAAACCAGUUGCUGUGGCACUUGACUCACUCCAAAGGGACACACAUCAACAGUUGCUGUUACAGGCGAAGUAUGGUUGGAUCUGCAGAUAAAUGAAGACCUUGCACCACAUAAAGCAAAAGUACAAAAGAGAGGUCAUGAGUCAAUUACUCCUGUACACAUGUUGAUCAACCUCCUUCAUCCAAAAUAUGCAGGAAAGAAAUUGUCAGCUGAACAAGAAUAUAUUGCAAGGCAGUGGGUGCUCGGCAAAAAUCCGGACGUUGUGCCAUAUUUACUUUCAUUUAAAGCAGAAGAAUCUCUGGAUUCAAAAAUCUACGUUUUCAUCCACUAUGAAGAAAAAGGAUGGAAAAAUCUGAAGGCUGCUGAUAGUCCAUCUAACGUCAUAGAACGGGUGGUGCAAUUGCAUCAGUGCAAGUGCAGGUGUGAUGUUCCCUGCCCUGCACCAUCUCCGCCUGAGCGCCCGCCUCACACUCGGUGCCACGAGGGCAGGUGGCUCUCCCCGGGGGUACCUGUCCCAGGAGAACGAGCAGCGGUGCCGAGGGCUGCUGGAGACCUCCACCAGACGCUACCGGCAGGAGGCGGUGGCAGCGGCUGUGCUGGUGACACUGUGUUCUGUGAGCGGGUACCCUGCGCUGCUGUACACGCUGCGCUCCAGCACGCUGACGGGCCAUCACAAGGGAGAUGUCAGUUUCCCGGGCGGCAAGUGCGACAGCUCCGACCAGGAUGUGAUCGCCACAGCGCUGAGGGAGACGCAGGAAGAGCUGGGCCUGCACUUGGGGGCUGAGAGCAUCUGGGGGGUCAUGAAACCCCUACCCACCGGGAGGGGACUGACUGUUGCUCCCGUCCUGGCACAUCUGGGCCCCUUGGAGUGUGUGUGUCUGAGCCCCAACCCACAGGAGGUUGAGGAUGUUUUCACCAUCCCCGUGUCUCACCUGCUGCAGGCCCAGAACCACGGUUACACCCACUUCUGCCAGCAGGGCCGCUACAGCUACACGCUGCCCGUCUUCCUCAACGGCCGCUACCGGGUGUGGGGGCUGACGGCCAUCAUCACAGACCUCACGCUGGAGCUGCUGGCGCCCAGCGCCUACCGCCGGAGAACACGCCCACCCAGCACCCGCUGAGCCCUCAGCCCACCUGCGCUAUGGCCUGCCCUGGCCCCGCAGCAUGGACAGAGCCAGCUGGCCGGGCUGGGCGAGGGCCCCCUGGAGGCAGAGAGAGCCAGCGGGGCAGGCUAGGCGAGGUGUCCCCCCCUCUCAAGGGCAGAAAGAACAAGGGGGGCAGGCUGGGCGUGCCCCUCCCGGAGGCAUGGGACAGAGCUGAGGGGAUGACCCCAGGAGGGAAUCCCCAGCCUGUGAUAACGCUGGGGAGAGUUACACGGUGGCUGGAGGGGGGAUGCUGACGAGACCUGCAUGAGCCAGGAUGCUGGCAGCUGCUGUAUUUCAUGUGGGGUCUACUCAUAAACAAGCCUCCCUGAG